CGUUGAUGUUAGUGAUGAGGUUCGAUUUCAAAGCUCAUGAAACGCAUCAAUGUCGAUCUCCAUCUUCUCCAUUUUCCGAAAUUCAGAAAAUUUCAAUCACGAAAAGUAUCUUCGUCCCUACCCAAAUUGGAACUCGAUCAGAAAUCACCACAGGAGACAGUUUUCUUACUUGGUCAGGUACUUGACACUUACCCAGAUAUCAGAACACUUAGAACAGUCCACUCAAGAAUCAUUUUGGAAGAUCUACGUUGUAAUUCUUCUUUGGGUGUUAAACUUAUGAGAGCUUAUGCUUCUCUAAAAGAUGUAGCGUCAGCACGCAAGGUGUUCGACGAAAUUCCUGAGAGAAACGUAAUUAUCAUUAAUGUUAUGAUUAGAAGCUAUGUGAAUAAUGGGUUUUACGGUGAAGGUGUUAAAGUGUUUGGGACGAUGUGUGGUUGUAAUGUUAGACCUGAUCAUUAUACUUUCCCGUGUGUUCUAAAGGCGUGUUCUUGCUCUGGGACUAUUGUCAUUGGGAGGAAAAUUCAUGGGUCUGCUACAAAAGUUGGGCUCUCUUCGACUUUGUUUGUUGGGAAUGGUUUAGUUUCUAUGUAUGGAAAGUGUGGAUUUUUAUCUGAAGCAAGGCUUGUACUUGACGAGAUGUCUAGGAGAGAUGUGGUGUCUUGGAACUCGUUGGUUGUUGGGUAUGCGCAAAAUCAGAGAUUUGAUGAUGCUUUGGAGGUUUGUAGGGAAAUGGAGUCUGUGAAGAUAAGCCAUGAUGCUGGUACGAUGGCUAGUCUGUUACCAGCAGUGAGUAACACUACAACUGAAAACGUUAUGUAUGUUAAAGAUAUGUUUUUUAAAAUGGGGAAAAAGAGUUUGGUUUCAUGGAAUGUGAUGAUCGGUGUGUAUAUGAAAAAUGCGAUGCCUGUUGAAGCUGUGGAAUUGUAUUCCCGAAUGGAGGCUGAUGGGUUUGAACCUGAUGCAGUCUCAAUCACAAGUGUAUUACCUGCUUGUGGAGAUACCUCUGCUCUGUCUCUUGGUAAGAAAAUCCAUGGAUACAUUGAGAGGAAGAAGCUGAUACCAAAUCUGUUGUUAGAGAAUGCACUGAUCGACAUGUAUGCAAAAUGCGGAUGUUUAGAGAAAGCUAGAGAUGUGUUUGAGAACAUGAAGUCACGUGAUGUUGUGUCUUGGACAGCUAUGAUUUCAGCUUAUGGAUUCAGCGGACGAGGCUGUGACGCAGUGGCAUUGUUUUCGAAAUUGCAAGAUUCGGGUCUCGUCCCUGAUUCAAUUGCGUUUGUCACAACGCUUGCUGCUUGUAGCCAUGCGGGGUUACUAGAAGAAGGUAGGAGUUGUUUCAAACUCAUGACAGAUCAUUACAAGAUCACUCCUAGGUUAGAGCAUUUGGCUUGUAUGGUGGAUCUUCUUGGCCGAGCCGGGAAAGUGAAAGAAGCUUACAGAUUUAUACAAGAUAUGUCAAUGGAACCAAACGAGAGAGUUUGGGGAGCAUUAUUAGGAGCUUGCAGGGUGCAUUCUGAUACAGACAUCGGUCUACUAGCAGCUGAUAAACUUUUCCAGUUAGCACCCGAGCAAUCGGGUUACUACGUAUUGCUUUCUAACAUAUACGCAAAGGCUGGAAGAUGGGAAGAAGUGACUAACAUCAGAAACAUAAUGAAGAGCAAAGGGUUAAAGAAGAAUCCCGGAGCAAGCAAUGUUGAGGUCAACAGAAUAAUUCAUACAUUCUUAGUAGGCGACAGGUCACACCCGCAAUCCGAUGAGAUAUACAGAGAGCUGGAUGUUCUAGUAAAGAAAAUGAAAGAGUUAGGUUAUGUUCCUGAUUCAGAGUCAGCGCUUCACGAUGUGGAAGAGGAAGAUAAAGAGACGCAUUUAGCUGUUCACAGUGAGAAAUUAGCCAUUGUGUUUGCUCUGAUGAACACUAAGGAGGAAGAAGAAGACAGUAAUAAUACCAUAAGAAUAACGAAGAAUCUUAGGAUAUGUGGAGACUGUCAUGUUGCAGCUAAGCUUAUCUCACAGAUAACUUCUCGAGAGAUAAUCAUCAGAGACACUAAUAGAUUUCAUGUGUUCCGGUUCGGUGUUUGCUCUUGUGGUGACUAUUGGUGA